AUGGCUGCUAUAAACUGAUGGCUUUGUACGAAAUAUAACCAUCUAACUUUAUGCACGUGUGUAUAUUAAUUUAUUUAUAAUCACGUUUAUUUAAACGUUGCUUCGCCGAUAUAAAACCGGAACAUAAAAUAUCGUUAUUAGUGGUUCUGACAAAUUGUGGACAAUUAUUAUGGUUAUAUAUUUAAUUGAAAACAUUUGAAAUUUAUACAUUGCCGGCUUCCAUCCAAUAGUCAUUUGACGAUCCUACUGUGCGAAAAGAAAUAGAAUUGAAAUCAUACAUCACAUAAAUCAAUUUAUAUAUUUCGGAAAAGAAAAAUAUAUAUUUUAUUAUAUAUUGCAAUGACAAGUCCACGACCAGUUUCUUGUGGAUUAGAUUUUGGUUGUGCUGCGAAUCUAAACGAUUGUUUAGUUUACGCAAACGACUCAAAGUAAAUAUGAUUUAUAUGUGUUCCUUUGGUCCACCCUUUAUUCAAGAGGGAAUUUAUCUCUGGUCCUGCCAAGAAUCGUCCAGGCCCAUUUACUAGGCCCGACUUAAUUUUACGUAGUUCAGAUUGGAAUAGUUUAAUAAUCGGCAAAUUUUCACUUAUUAAUGUGGAUUCGACUGAUCCAGUUAUUAGAAAAAAUAGUGAAGAAGCCUUGAAUCAAGAAAUAGGUUUAGCUAGCCUUGGUUUAUCAGGAGUGACUUUGAAGUUGAAACGUGUAAGUAAAAAUGUGAAUCUUGCAAGGAUUAUUUCUGAUAAAAUAUCAAAUAACAAUACUAGUUUUCAGGUUUGGAUACAAGUUCCUAUGGAAAAUCCAAUUAGACAAGCCUAUUUUUACAGAACAGAAGAUUGUCCAGUAGAUGAAAAUCCAUGGGAAUGGUGGAAUGUUAGAACAAUAUGUGACUAUAAUAAGAGAUUAGGAAUUGCAUUAAUCAUUAGUCAUGAUGUGCCUGAAAUGGAAGAGGUAGAUAGAUGGCUUGGCGAACCAGUGAAAUCUUUAAUUUUACCAACAACAUUAUUUCUAACUAAUAAAAAGGGAUAUCCGGUAAGUAAAGCACAUCAAGCAAUGGUGAAAAAAUUCGCUGCAUUAGAAGUACAAUUCAUUUUGACAGGCGCAACGCGUUACCAAAGUAUUAGCUAUUAUCACAAUUAUCUUGAUUAUUUAUGGAAGGGAUGCCAGAGUGAUGGAACAAUAGAAAAAUUCGCUCGAGGAUACGAAGAUUAUUUACAAUGUCCUUUACAACCUCUAAUGGAUAAUCUUGAGUCACAAACUUAUGAAAUAUGAAAAGACCCUGUAAAAUAUCGGGAAUAUCAGAAUGCUACAUACGAAGCUAUCAAAGGAAUCAUACCUAAGAUUAAGGAGGAAGAAAGAGAAAUAGUCAUUAUGGUAGUUGGCGCUGGAAGAGGACCAAUUGUAACCGCAUCUCUAAAUGCUGCAGAGAUGGCCUGUCAGAAAGUGAAAGUAUAUGCGGUAGAAAAGAAUCCUAAUGCUGUGAUAACAUUACAGGCUUUUCAGAGAGAUUUGUGGAAAGAUAAAGUUACGGUAAUAUCUUGUGACAUGAGAGAUUGGAAUCCCCCAGAAAAAGCUGAUAUUAUUAUUUCUGAAUUACUCGGAUCCUUUGGCGAUAAUGAAUUGUCUCCAGAAUGCUUAGAUAAUGUCAUGAAAUUCUUAAGAGAGGAUGGAAUCAGCAUACCGCAAUCAUAUACUUCAUAUAUUGCCCCCAUGCAUUCCUCUAAAUUGUAUAAUGAAGUAAGACAACUUAGAGAUAAAGAUAAACAUCCAUUAGCUCAUUUUGAAACUCCAUAUGUGGUACAUCUUCAAAAUAAAUACAACAUAGCAAAUCCAAAACCACUUUUUACAUUCAAACAUCCAAAUACAGAUGUUGUUACUGAUAAUUCGAGAUAUGAAACAAAAUCUUUUCAAGUAGACCAGAACUGCGUGUUACAUGGAUUUUCAGGAUACUUUUUGGCAAUUUUAUAUGAAAAUAUCACAUUGAGCAUAGAACCCAACACAUAUAGUCCAGAUAUGUUUAGUUGGUUUCCAAUCUUCUUUCCAAUUAAGGAACCAAUACAAUUAAAGGCAGGAGAUGAAAUAGUGGUCCAUUUUUGGCGCAGAUGUGAUUCUAAAAAGGUUUGGUAUGAAUGGUGUCUUAGUAAGCCUGUUCCAGUCUCGAUUCACAAUUCAACUGGUCGUUCUUCCACUAUUGGAUUAUAAUUAAUUCUGUGAUUAUUUUCUUUAUGUGCUUAGAAUAUCUCGUCAUACGCGUGCUGACAGCUAAUUUAUUAAAUAUCAAUUAAAAUUUUCUAGAAAAAAACUAUUAUUGAUUGAAUAAUUAUAUAAUUAAAUACAUUUAGCAAAGACUAGACAAAAUUAUAUGUCAAUAUAAUAAUUUGGAAUUAAAUUUUAUUUAUAUCUUGUAAGAUUAUCUAGUUAUUAACAUAGAAUUAUCAUGACAAGAAUUCAGUGAGAAAUUGACAUGAAAAUAGAAUUAGUAUGAAUGUUUCUAUUUAUGUAUAACUAAUGUGGGGAAAAAUAUUUUUGUAAGAUUUAUUAGUUUGUGUUCCUGUUAAUUGUGUGUACUCGUACAUAUAAUUUUUUAUCAUUUGACUACAUAGACUCAUCAUCGAAUGAUAAUCAUUGAUACUGUAAAAUGAUAAAAAAAUUACAGAAACAUUUAUAUAUUAUAUAGAUAUACAGGCACAAAAGAUACUUAUGUAGCCAAU